CAGGAGCCACUCUGAGAUCUCCUGGGGAGUGCACGGAGCUGCCAGGAGCUGGCCAGGGAGGAGGAACAGAAAACAAAGCACAAAAAAGGGAAGGUGACAUAGCAAGACACAGCACUAAUAUCAGAGGAGAGCCCAGGACAGCGAGAAGAAAAAGAACAAAGGACUUUGGCAGGGUUUUUCUUCUUUUCCUUCUGUUUUUAAUCCUGCUCUCCGGAGGAAAAUGGGGCAGCAGUUCACCAAUGCUGAAGGGGAGCAAGGAGAGAUUGAUGUUGCAGAGCUGCAGGAGUGGUACAAGAAGUUUGUGGUGGAAUGUCCCAGUGGGACCCUCUUCAUGCACGAGUUCAAGCGGUUCUUCGGGGUCCAGGACAACCAGGAGGCAGCAGAGUAUGUGGAGAACAUGUUCAGGGCUUUUGACAAGAAUGGGGAUAACACCAUCGAUUUCCUGGAAUAUGUGGCUGCCCUGAAUCUGGUUUUGAGGGGGAAGCUGGAGCACAAGCUGAGGUGGACGUUCAAAGUGUAUGACAAGGAUGGCAACGGCUGCAUAGACAAACCUGAGCUGCUGGAAAUCGUGGAGUCCAUCUACAGGCUGAAGAAGGUGUGCUGGUCGGACGUGGAGGACAGGACCCCGCUGCUGACCCCAGAGGAGGUGGUGGACAGGAUAUUUCAGCUGGUGGAUGAGAACGGGGAUGGGCAGCUGUCCCUUGACGAGUUCAUUGACGGAGCCAGGAAGGACAAGUGGGUGAUGAAGAUGUUGCAAAUGGAUGUGAACCCCGGGGGAUGGAUCACGGAGCAGAGGAGGAAGAGUGCUUUGUUCUGAGGGAAUUCGGCUCGGGCACAGCUGAGACCCCAGUGUCACCCUUCCCCUAGCCUGGUAACGACUUUCCUUUUUAAUUCCAUCUCAGCAUCCAGAUGAAAACCUGAGUGGUUUAAGGAGUCUCUGAUGUAAAACCCAGGUGCUGAGCACUGCUGGUACCCAGGGACUAUUUCUGGCCCGUGAAUAAGUCUUGCUGUGUACACAAUUGUGUGUUUGCCAGCUCUGCUUUUUGGUUACACCCCAAGGAACAACCCCUGGUGGCUUCCUGCAGGUCCUGAGCAGGGAGUGGGGCUGGCAGUGGGGAUGGAGCCUGGGUGCUGUCUCAGAGCAGACUGGGCAUGGCUCAGCCCUGCACUCACAGCACCUCAGGGCAGCACAGGCAGCUGGGGGAUGCUCAGGGGUCUCUGUGUAAACAUAAACCCACCAGAAAUGAGAACUGGGUCCGAGCAGAGGCCAGGACAGCACAGAGCUGAGGGACACAGUGUCAGGGCUGGGCAGGAGGAGCCACAGCUCCUUCCUCCCCCUCCUGGGGACCAGGGGCUGCUCCUUCUGCCUGCCCAGAGGCUGAGGGGCUGAGGGCUGCUGGCUCCAAACGCUGGCAUUUCCCAGCCCCGCUCAGAGCUCAGAACAGCCCAGGUGUGACUCAGCUCCCUCGAGCCCCUGGGUCUGAGGAAUCUUCACUGGAACAGCUUCUCCUGCCCUGGGAAGGGUGGAUGAGCCCCGGGAGCCCCGGGACCUUCACUGCCCUGGGAGAAGUUUAGUGGGAGCAGAGCUGAGGGAAGAGCAGGGCUCUGCUUGGCAGUGCCUCUGCAAUGGGAGGAUUUGUGCUGCUCCAUUGGCAGGACCACAGAAUCAGAAUCACGGAUGGUUUGGGGUGGGAGGAACCUUAAAACUCCUCGAUUUGCAAACCCCCUGCCCUGGGCAGGGAUGCCACAACAGGUUGCUCCAAACCCUGUCCAAACUGGCCUUGAAAAGUGACAAAAAUUCCAGGACAGUGGUUUUACACUGGACUUAAUUUAUCCCCAGACUGCAGAUACAGAAUUUACACAAGUUGCAGGCUGAGCUCUGCUGUUCUAUCCCAUGUUUCUACAUAGAUGUAUGUGGGAAGAGAAUUUGGGUUGAAUCAGUAUCUUGGUUCACCUUUAUUGGAUUUACUGGUUCAUUCGAAGAGGAAACCCCCCCAGGAAAAUAACAUGAGCUUGUCUGUUCCAUUUGAAUUUUCCUAUGGGAUCAGUGGGCCAGGUCAUACCAUGAAAAGAUUUACAACCCCUUUUUGUGGCCUUUAAUUAGGACUGUAGUAGCUGUCAUUAGCUGAUUAGUGUGCUGGUUUGUGGUCUUGUCAGUUUACCCAGUGUUUAAAUUCCAUGGGGAAGUGCUCAGGAUUGGACACAAUCAGUGCUGGAGUUCAGAUUGUGCACAUUUCCACUUUGAAGUAGCCUUUCCAUGAGUUCUCUGUAAAUACUGAGCAGUUUGUGCUGUGCUGACUUAUCAGGGCUGAUUAGACUCGUGCUUUCUGCUGCUCUGAGGCAGCUGGGCAAGGCUCUCUCUGGUCAAUAGUUUAUCAGCUCGAGAUCUGAGAGAAAAAUCUGACUUCUGACUUGAGGGCCCGGAUGAAAACAUUCACAUUUAUUGAUUUUCCAGCUUGUGAAAAAAUGUUUUCAUUGGAGGGUGCAAAUCUCUAAGAAUUCCUCAUAUUUCAUCAUCUCAACCAAGGAAACACCCCUGCUCCUUGCACGGAUUUAGGGAAGCUGUUUGGUUCCUAGAAUUGCAUUUUGCUGCUUCACUGAAAUGCUUCAGAUUCUGCAGUUCUGCUCACCUGGUCAGCCCAGGCUCUGCAGGAGCUGUUUGGGGACCCCCAGGCCAGCAGCCCUCCCUGGUGAGCACCUGUACAGAUGUUGGUAGAAGUUUUGUAAAACACGAAUUGAAUAAAGAAAUAUUUAU